GCGGCAUUGUUGUUGUUGUGGUCCUUCUACCACCGUGUUCUGUAGAUCUGUUCAAAGUUCCGGUCGAAAAUAUGUUAAAGCAAAAGCGCAAAAUGCCAGCGGCUCCGGCAGCAAAUGGAAACCAAUCCGAUGGAUCCGACUAUGAAGUGGAGUGGCAAGUAAAGCCUACGCCACCAAAGGUUUCCAAAGCUAAUCUGUUCCCGCUGCCUCGGCAAGUUGAGCGAAAUCUGCAAAAACGUACCCGAGGCAGAAAGGAAUCUUCGUCGGAGGAAAGCGAAGUCGAAGACGCCGAAGGCCUACCUACGCUCACCACCGAGCAAGUUGCUGCCAUCCUGGAUACGGUCAAGAACAACAAACGCUUCGUACUGUUGGUAAAUAAUUUAAACUUUACCACCGCGAAAGAAGAAAUCGAACAACACUUUGACAAAGCUGGUCGGGUGAAAGGCGUACGAAUGCCGAAGCGACGGUCGUCAGGAUUUGCCUUCGUCGAAAUGUUAGAUCCGGUUGGCUUCCAGAGAGCAUUCCUGUUGGACGGAUCUUACUUGGAUGGUCGAAAGAUAAGCGUAGAUCUGUCGGAAAGUGGCAACAAAAAGUCCGAGGAGAGGAUUAAACUACUAAUGCAGAAAAAUGCCGAGAUCCGUAAACUACGCAAAAAGAAUCGAUCCAACACCCAGGCUGCCGAGAUCACCCUGGUGCCGGAAGUGAAUAAUACCCCCAAGCAACCGGUGCGGGACAAAUUUCUUAACAAACCGAAAGUGAAGAUCCCAUCGAAAAAAGAAGCCAAACAGGCAAAGAGGCAAGUGUCGCUUAAGGCAAAACUUAAAAAUAUAGCUAAAAAGGGAAUUAAAGCGUAGAUGUGAAAAAUAAAGAAUUAUUUUUUUUAAAUUG